CUACAAGCCUAUACACUACAGUAUCAAUGUGCUUUACGUGACACCACUCAAUUCUUGGUUGGCCUUUAUGGAAAUUCAAAAUAAUCACAUUCUCCAUGCAAGAAUUACCUCAACCACACACAAAGAUGGCGCCGUACUGUGUGGUUGCCGUCUUUGCUAUUUUGUGAUUAUUUUUCUUUGUUUUAUAGUAAGCCUACUACUUAUAUUGAUUACUGCAUUUUUGGGAAAGAGUUUGCAAGAAAGACAUUUAACUGUUCUUGUGCACGUGACAAUAAAACUUGACAUUUGAACUAGAUUUUAACAGUUUAGAACUCCUCCCCCUACCUCUUGAACGUCACCUGUGUACGCGCCCAAUACAGGUAAAGGUGUAUGCUACGGACAACUGCGGGGGAAGGAAGAAUUAACGGUUGGAAAAAUUCCGGAUACCGCUGCUAUGGCCGAGUCUCAGCUUCUGUGCAUGGACGAAGAUCAUGUCAACGAAAAGAUACCCGAAUCCAAAGCAGAAUUCUACUACUGCGAGGAGCAGCGAGCCGCGCUCGAGCAACUAUUGAAGAACGGUGAUGGCGCGUUCAAGAUGCGACUGAAAGAGGACAACGUCAGAGACUUUCUAUCCGCCCGCGAGAUUAAAUGGAUUCGAAAAACUUUUGAUGAAUAUGAUUCAGAUAGUGAGACCGAGAAGGGCGAAUACGAAAAGGCUCAGGAGUCCAAUGCAGACUCGGGGGUCCACUCCACAUACUGGCCUCAGAUGUCGGACACGGAUGUCCCGCCGCUUGACAUCGGCUGGCCAGGCAGCACUAGUUUCUAUAAAGGUGUCACUCGAGUAUCCGUGCACACGCACCCACCCAAAAACAAGGGGCCCCAUAUUAAAGAGGUUGUUAGGAGACUCAUUCAAGAAUCUAACAAGGUAGUAGCUGUAGUCAUGGACCACCUUACAGACCUGCAGAUCCUUCAGGACCUAUUGGACGCAGCACAGAGACGAGGGGUGGCUGUGUACAUCAUACUGGAGGCUUGUGGUAUGCCCCACUUCCUGGAUAUGUGCACUCGUUUACAGAUCACUGCUCUGCAUCUACGGAACCUGCGUGUGCGAACGGUGAAAGGUUCUGGGCUGGCCCUGUCAUUUGGCAGGCUGCCCGGCUCUCUGUGCUCCAAAUACAUGCUGGUGGACGGAGAAAAGGUUAUGUUUGGCUCUUACAGCUUCACAUGGAGCUCCUCUAGGAUGGACAGGAACACCAUCACAGUAAUGUCUGGGCAGGUGGUGGACUUCUUUGACAAUGACUUCAGGGAAAUGUAUGCUGUAUCUGAGAAUGUGGACCUUUACAAGGAGUUCCACAUUACCAAGCCUCCCAUGCCCGCGCCGGUACGGAAGGUGGUGGUCCCCAAGCCCCUGUUGAUGUCCACCUCCCGUUUCCAGGUGUCUCUAGGGGACUCUCGGGGGCAGGCUGACCAGAGGGUGCCUGCACAUAAAUACCACAACCCUAAGUAUUCUCUGGUGGUGGGGAACAGUCUCGGGCUCACUGGGUCCUUACAGGACCUCUCCACACUCAGAGACUCACUGGGUGGUGGACUCGAACGGAACGGACUGUCGACGCUACUCCAUGCCAAAGGGGGCAGUAGUGUGGAACUGGACAAGGUCACUGCGAAGACCCCCAGUUCUCCUGUGGAGGAUGAGGAGGAUGGGAAGGGAGGUUCGCAGAAGCGCCAGGCCUUAGGUGGAAAGAAACAACGCAGUUCUUUCAGGCUCUUCCUAAAAGGCAGAGGAUCCAAUCACAACAAUGAGACUAUAGAGGAGGAUGGGGCCCCUCCUUCAAACCCCUCCUCCACCCGCCCAAACCCCUCCCCUAGCUGCCCAACUCCCACCCCUAGUCACCCAACUCCCUCCCCUAGCCGCCCAACCCCCUCCCUUGCCCAUCGAACCCCCUCCCCUACACGCCCAAACCCCUCCCCUACCCACCCAACCCCCUCCAUUACCCACCGAACCCCCUCCCCUCGCAACCCAAACACCUCCCCUACCCACUCAACACCCUCCCCUACCCGCCCAAACCCCUCCCCGACCCGCCAAAACCCCUCUACCCGCAAAGUCUCAGAGACGAAUAGCACUGCCACUGAGGACUCAUUUGAGAUUGUAGAGAAACCGUCCCUGUUGAAAUUUAAGAACAAAAAGCCUUCAAAACUGCCUCAAAGAAGUAUGUCUCUAAUGACCCUGAACAAAGGAGAGGAUGACGGAAAGGGACACCAGAAGCCUUCCAAGAGGAACUGCAUUCAGUCCUGAGAUGAAGAGAGUGAGGACAGGAUCAGCUGGGAGAGACAGAGACAGAGGACAUUUGAAGUAAUUGCCAGUAUCAGAUGCAGUAUUAGAUGGAGUAUAGUAAUGACAUGCCAUGGCAGAAGUAUAGUAAUGACGUGCCAUGGCAGGAGUAUAGUAAUGACAUGUCAUGGCAGGAGUAUAGUAAUGACAUGUCAUGGCAGGAGUAUGGUGAUUACAUGUCAUGGCAGGAGUAUAGUGAUUACAUGUCAUGGCAGGAGUAUAGUGAUGUCAUGUCAUGGCAGGAGUAUAGUAAUUGCAUGUCAUGGCAGGAGUAUAGUGAUGUCAUGACAUGAGUAGAGUGAUUACAUGGCAUGGCAGGAGUAUGGUGAUUACAUGCCAUGGCAGGAGUAUAGUGAUUACAUGUCAUGGCAGGAGUAUAGUGAGUACAUGUCAUGGCAGGAGUAUAGUGAUGUCAUGCCAUGGCAGGAGUAUAGUAAUUUCAUGUCAUGGCAGGAGUAUAGUGAUGUCAUGGCAUGAGUAGAGUGAUUACAUGGCAGGAAUAUGGUGAUUACAUGGCAUGGCAGGAGUAUAGUGAUUACAUGUCAUGGCAGGAGUAUAGUAAUGACAUGUCAUGGCAGGAGUAUGGUGAUUACAUGGCAUGGCAGGAGUAUAGUGAUGACAUGCCAUGGCAGGAGUAUAGUAAUGACAUGUCAUGGUAGGAGUAUGGUGAUUACAUGUCAUGGCAGGAGUAUAGUAAUGCCAUGUCAUGGCAGGAGUAUAGUGAUUACAUGUCAUGGCAGGAGUAUAGUGAUGUCAUGCCAUGGCAGGAGUAUAGUGAUGACAUGUCAUGGCGGGAGUAUAGUGAUUAGAUGUCAUGGCAGGAGUAUAGUAAUUGCACGUCAUGGCGGGAGUAUAGUGAUUACAUGUCAUGGCAGGAGUAUAGUGAUUGCAUGUCAUGGCAGGAGUAUAGUGAUGUCAUGGCAUGGCAGGAGUAUAGUAAUGACAUGUCAUGGCAUGAGUAUUGUGAUGAAAUGUCAUGGCAGGAGUAUAGUAAUUACAUGUCAUGGCAGGAGUAUGGUGAUUUCAUGCUAUGGCAGGAGUAUAGUAAUGGCAUGUCAUGGCAGGAGUAUAGUGAUUACAUGUCAUGUCAAGAGUAUAGUAAUUGCAUGUCAUGGCAGGAGUAUAGUAAUUACAUGUCAUGGCAGGAGUAUAGUAAUGACAUGUCAUGGCAGGAUUAUGGUGAUUUCAUGCCAUGUCAGGAGUAUAGUAAUGGCAUGUCAUGGCAGGAGUAUAGUGAUUACAUGUCAUGUCAGGAGUAUAGUAAUGGCAUGUCAUGGCAGGAGUAUAGUAAUGACAUGUCAUGGCAGGAUUAUGGUGAUUUCAUGCCAUGUCAGGAGUAUAGUAAUGGCAUGUCAUGGCAGGAGUAUAGUGAUUACAUGUCAUGUCAGGAGUAUAGUAAUGGCAUGUCAUGGCAGGAGUAU